CCAUUAAACCCACAGAAGAAGAAGAAGAAGAAGAAGCACAGGAGGAAUGCACGUGUGUUUCCGCACAUGUGUAGAUUUUAUUACAGUUGAAAUAUUUUUGUAUUGUAUUGAUCGACACAACGCUGAUGAUGUCUGCGUCUGUAAACAAAAAAACAAACGGCGGAGAUGCUGUUUCAAAGGCAGAAGCUCUCGAUAACGAAGAGGACUCUCCUAUUGUGAGCCGCACACGGAGCGGUCGCAGACUGCGGACACCCGCGGCCAAAACCCCCGUCCUCCGGACCAGAAAGUCUGUUGUGCGAGAAGAUCCGGCAGAAAGCACCGAGUCUCGGCAGGAAUCCCCACCCGAUGAGUGUACAGCAGACACUCAAGGCGAUCAGUGCAGUCCAGAGACAGAACCAGUGUGUCCAGAUGUGUCUACAUCAGCAGCUGUCAGUCAAGAGUCAGUGCCGGACACUGCAGGUUUGAUAGGGUCAGAUCAGACCAGUGAGAAGGAAAAUGUGGUAAAUAAUACAGAGACUGAAUCCACUGGUCCCACUGACCCUAAGAAAAGGGCCAAAAAAAGGACUCACUCAGAAUCCAGUGAGAAGAAAAGUAAGAUGGUACCUCUUGGGAAACCUAAAUCUGGAAGAGUAUGGAAAGACAGAAAUAAGCAAAGGUUCUCCGCUCUGUUGAGAGACAAACCUCUGCGUACAUCAUGGGAAAAGAAGAUGGAGGCCAAGAGAGAGAAGCAGCUGGUGAAGCAGUACCACCAACAGCUGAAAGAUGAGCAGGCCAGAGAGAAAGAGGCGAGUUUAUGCACCAAAACUGCGCGUUUUUGUCUCUCUAUUUUU